GCUCAACUGAGGGACUGAGUGAGUGAGAGACACUGAGAUUAAGAAAAACAGACAAUAGAAAGAAGGACAUGUGACAGUAAAGGAGCUAACUAAACUGACAUUUCUACUUUGUAUGGGAGGCAGGAAACCAGACAACUACCUGUGGAGAUGGGAAGUACAACCCUCCUCAACGUGAGUGCAGGGAUGUCCAAUUCGUCAUCGGACCCAACUAACAAUGAGAAGGGUUACAGUGAGGCAACCAUGAUCCUGCUGGGCAUGGUAAUGUCCUUACUCGUUCUGGUCAUUGUCUUCGGCAACAUCCUGGUCAUAAUAGCGAUCGCACGCUUCCAGCGUCUCCAAAAUGUCACCAACUGUUUCAUCACAUCCCUUGCCUGUGCUGACCUGGUCAUGGGUCUCAUUGUGGUUCCUUUCGGGGCCUGCUAUAUCAUCUUUAAGACAUGGAAAUUUGGCAAUUUCUGGUGUGAGUUCUGGACUGCGACUGAUGUGCUCUGCGUGACUGCGAGCAUCGAAACCCUGUGUGUCAUAGCCAUUGACCGUUAUUUGGCCAUCACCUCUCCCUUCCGCUACCAGUCGAUGCUGACCAAGUGCAAGGCUCGCAUUGUGGUUGUGCUGGUGUGGGUGAUUGCCGCCUUGACGUCUUUCCUGCCCAUCCACAUGAAGUGGUGGAUAUCAGCUGAUAAUGAAGCUACAGAGUGCAAUGAGAACAGUAAGUGCUGCGAGUUCGACACCAACAUGGCUUACGCCAUCACCUCCUCUAUCAUCUCCUUUUACCUCCCUCUGGUCAUCAUGGUCUUUGUCUACAGCCGCGUUUUCCAGGAGGCCAAGCGCCAAAUGAAGAAGAUUGACCAAAGCGUUGGACGUUUUAAAAACGCCGACAACAGCAACCUCGAAUCUCUGGAGACCAACAAUGGGCGUGGCAACAAGAAGGCCAAGUUUUGCCUGCGGGAACACAAAGCCUUAAAGACACUGGGAAUCAUCAUGGGGAUCUUUACUCUUUGCUGGUUGCCCUUCUUUCUGCUCAAUGUGGUGGUGGCCAUAUGGAAGGUGGAGGGCAUUGACCUCACCUUCAGGAUACUCAACUGGAUAGGUUACGCAAACUCAGCCUUCAACCCACUCAUUUACUGUCGGAGUCCUGAGUUCAGGUAUGCCUUCAAGGAAAUCCUCUGUAUGAAGAGGAACCGCCUUAGCAACCCGGGGCCCGUGAACGGAUACGUCUACAGCAGGCACAGCUGGCAGAGCGAGCAGCAAGGGAGAAGUAAGGGCAGCUUGGAAGACAGUGACACUAAUGAAGGUUGUCUGGCGAAAGCAGCGGGGGUCUGCAGCAUGGUGGACAGAGCAGUGGACCCCAACGGGAAUUGCAACAAAGGCCUAUCGACUCUAACGACCGCCCUUUAAUCUUGGAGCCCUGAGACUUCUGUCAAAAAGGAAGAUCCAGAUAUGUUUACACUGCUGUCAUACACUUUUUAACUAAUGAAGGUAGCUGCCUGGUAGAGACUGCUUUACAGAAACUAUAAUAUAAAUUAUCAGCGGAGGAAAGUAUUUCUGUUUCAACACAGAGAAUAAUCACUGUACGUAGAUCACUUUUCCUUUUGUUACAUUUCCCAUGUUUAACUUUCAUCUACCUCAUCUUUUUCAUGUUUUUUUUUCUUAACUGACUACACUGUACACAGGAGUUACACAGGGGCAGUUUAUUUACUCCACUGAGUAAAUAAACUGCAUUAUAUGAUUGCUAAUUAUCUGGCUCAGAUUGAAUUUGUGGGCAAGUUUCUUGUCUCAGAAUUCUUGGCAAAAGAGCCCACAAUUUAUUAGCAUAAACAUGUUUUUGAAAUUCAAAGUGAGUGUUGUUGGAGGCUGUAAACGUCCCAUGGGACAUGCCAAUUUGGCACGAAUAGCGAGUAAUAUUUUCCAUCAGAGAAUAGAUGAGGAACAUGGAAGUAUUAAACGUAAUGCCUCUUUGGUGCUUUAUUUUAAGAAAUACAUUCCAAGUCAACCAAAAUCAUAAUUUGGCUUUAUUUCAUAAUUGUUUGUUUUUUUACUCAAUUUUUUUAAUUUAUAUUGAUUGAUUCAGUGUGAAAGCCAAUGAUGAUGAACAGGUGUGGCAUAAUCAAUCUCUCUCUCUCUCUCUCUCUCUCUCUCUGCCUGCUCUAAUGUUUUACAGCCUUUUGCAUGGGUGUUGCCAGCAGAUUGCACCAGAGAAAUUUAGUCAUCUAUAUCUCACUGGUGCAAGCUGAAAAACGCCUCAAGAACGAGGAUUGUAUACAUUGUAUCAGCCAGAUUCCAUUGUGAGCCCUAAAGAUAUAUAAUAUCUUUAAAGCAGGUGGCAUUAAUGUGGUUAAUCCUAGGUAUUGACCUUUAAAGCUUGCACCUGUUAUACAAAUAAAUCCAGUAUUUAACCAAGUUUUCUACUGCACAGCCUACCAGUCAUAUCCUUCAUUCAGUCCACUGGUUCAUUUAUGUAAGAUGUAAACCCGUCUUUGAUCAAUAAUGAAGCCAUUACAUAAGCAUAGGGAAAACUAUAAGUAUUUAUUGUCCCCUCUAUUUGGCGGUAGCAACAGUAACAAUCCUUUUUGUUGCACAAGCCCUGUUUGUUUAUUAAACUAUGUGGUUGCUGUGUUUCAGCAUGUACAGUGUUUACUGAAAUCAGAGAAGCCGUUUCCUUAGUCAUGGCACAAGGGUACAAACCACACACACAAUAAUAAACCGUUCGUAGAAAUAGCCGAGCGAUAACAGCGUUCCAGGCCGGAGACUAGUUCUGACUGUUCAGAGGCCAAUAAACGGAGAUGAGAAAAACAGUCCCGAGUAGUGCACCUUUGUCUCUGCUCCCUGACAUUUCCCAGAGUCUCCUCACUGUAAACGGAUGUCUGGAUCUUUGUGAAAUCCGUCUAACAUUUGCAUAUGUGAGCAGUGACUCAGCUGUUCCAGUUGUUUCAGUCAGUUUCAGUCAGUCUACGAUUGCCGCUGCUUGGUGCACAGUCUCCAGGAAAUGCCCCCUAUCCAGCUGAGUCGGCACAAUAAACACAAAUAAAUCCAUUAUCUCUACCGUUUAGCUGGAGAAUCAGAUAUCUCCCUCUGAGGGAACACUGAACUAGAUUAGUACAUUAGAAAAUAUACAGUUCCCAAUCUGCAUGAUGCUAUUUGAUGAGAUCCAAAGGGACAACCUGAAGUGAAUCUCUUAUUAUCUCCCAUCUUAAAAUCAUGGGCUCUUGGGACGUUUUGACAUUGGUAAGCAAUAAUGGAACAUUAGCGCUUCACAUGCAGGUGCUUGAAUUCACCCACUUUUCCCACACUAAAUGACAGGUGUAAGCCCCUUUCCCCUGUCAGUUUGACGUUCCCUGCAUCCUAAUCAAAGUGACAGCAUUCUAAA